GUCCUGUCCCUGUACGUUUGCAUAAGUGGCAGCGACAGGCAUGCAGAGGCAGGGCUUGGGGACGCCCUGAGCUCAUCCACAAACCUCAGGGGGUGUGAACCCCGAGUUAGGAGCUGGUUUGGAGGGAGGCACAGGCUUUGGGGUCAGACUCUGCAUAUGGCUCCACCGUUUACCAUUGUUAACUUGGGAACUUGGCUGUGUUGUCCUGCCUCAGAGAAGAAACUCCUCUUGCAGGCCUUGCCUGGGUGGCAGCCUUUGAGAACAAGGGAAGGUCGGCACAAUAUCAACCACAACACAGCAUGGGAUUUCCGGAGAGGUCUUAUUUCGAGACUUUAUAAAGAACAAGAACCACAUGGACUUCUGCAUGGGAGAUUGAGCCGGCCCGAGUGUGAGGAGAAGGAUAAUGUGUGACCAGCCUGUAACCAGCACCACGGAGAUCAGGUGGCAGAAAGUCUUAUAUGAGCGACAGCCCUUUCCUGACAACUACGUGGACCAGCGGUUCCUGGAAGAGCUCCGGAAGAACAUCCACGCCCGGAAGUACCAGUACUGGGCUGUGGUGUUUGAAUCCAGCGUGGUGAUACAGCAGCUGUGCAGUGUCUGCGUGUUUGGGGUCAUCUGGUGGUAUAUGGACGAGGGUCUUCUGGCCCCUCAUUGGCUUUUAGGGAUGGGCCUGACGUUGUCACUGAUUGGCUACAUUUUGUUCGAUCUCCUUGAUGGAGGGGAAGGGCGGAGGAAGAACGGGCGGACCCGGUGGGCUGACCUCAAGAGCGCCCUGGUCUUCGUUACGUUCACGUACGGGUUUUCGCCUGUGCUGAAGACCCUGACCGAGUCCGUGAGCACCGACACCAUCUACGCCAUGUCGGUCUUUAUGCUCUUGGGCCACCUCAUCUUCUUCGACUAUGGUGCCAAUGCCGCCAUCGUAUCCAGCACCCUGUCCUUGAACAUGGCCAUCUUUGCUUCCGUCUGCCUGGCCUCACGCCUGCCCCGGACCCUACAUGCCUUCAUCAUGGUGACGUUUGCCAUCCAGAUUUUUGCCCUGUGGCCCAUGUUACAGAAGAAACUGAAGGCAUGUACUCCCCGCAGCUACGUGGGAGUCACACUGCUCUUUGCGUUCUCAGCCUUGGGGGGCCUGUUGUCCAUUAGCGCGGUGGGAGCCACCCUCUUUGCACUUCUGCUGGUGUCUAUCUCCUGCCUCUGCCCUUUUUACCUCAUUCGCCUGCAGCUUUUUAAAGAAAACAUUCACGGGCCUUGGGAUGAGGCUGAGAUCAAAGAAGACUUGUCCAGGUUCCUCAGCUAAGUGAGGGAACUCCGUUCUGUUGUUCAGGCAAGCUGACAGACCAGCCUGCCAACUAGGAUCCAGCCGAAGGCAGAGUUCCAUUCUGGAAGCAGCAGGCUGAUGUGGUGGGAGACCCCGAGGCUCUGGUGGUGAAGGUGCUGUCCCUUCUGUCGUUUGGUGGAUGAAAAACGCUUUCUGGGGCCCUCAGGCAUGGCUACCUCCCAUGUCUUACUCACUGUAACAAAGGAAGUGAUGCGGUUUCUAUUUAUUAAAAACUAACAACAUAUCCAGCA